CCCGCGGCUCCGGCAUGGACGGCGGGGCCGCGGCGGGGCCCGCGCUGCUGCUGCUGGCGCUGGCGGCGGCGGGGGAGGCGGCGGCGGUGCUGCGGGACGGUGGCUACGAGGGGCUGCUGGCCGCCGUGCACCCCCGGCUGCCGGAGGACGGCCGGCUCCUCGCCCGCCUGCAGGACAUGAUCACUGAGGCUUCUUCGUAUUUGUUCAAUGCUACAAGAGGAAGGGUCCAUUUCAGGAGCGUGAAGAUUCUGAUACCUCCGACAUGGAAAGACAAGAGUUAUGAGAAACCAAAACACGAGACCUAUGAAAAGGCAGAUGUCAUAGUGGCAGAUCCUUAUUGGAAAUACGGUGAUGAUCCAUACACCCUACAACAUGAAGCGUGUGGAAAAAUGGGAAAAUAUAUUCAUUUCACACCUAACUUCCUACUAAAUGAUUAUUUGACGGACAUCUAUGGCUCACGGGGCAGAGCCUUUGUGCAUGAGUGGGCCCACCUUCGAUGGGGGGUGUUUGAUGAGUAUGACACUGACAGACCUUUCUAUGUCACCGGGAAGAAUCAGGUUAAAGUUACAAGGUGUUCCUCUGAUCUUACUGGCAUCUAUGUCUGUGAAAAAAACUCCUGCACUGACGGUAGUUGUGUCAUUAAUAAGCUAUCAGGGCUUUUUAAGGAAGGAUGUGCAUUUAUUCCUGAGAGAAAUCAAACUGCAGUAUCAUCAAUAAUGUAUAUGCAAAGUUUAUCAUCUGUGGCUGAAUUCUGUAAUGAGCAUAACCAUAACAGAGAAGCACCCAAUCUUCAGAAUCGAAUGUGUGACUACAGAAGCACAUGGGAAGUAAUUAAAAACUCUACAGAUUUUGAAAAUAAUCCUCCAUUGACCAACAGCAGCCUCGUUACUCCUCCCUCCUUCUCAUUGCUGCAGAAGAGAGACAGAGUCAUCUGUUUAGUUCUUGAUGUUUCCAAGACUAUAGCUGGGGGUAGCUGGAUCAAUAGAUUGCAUCAAGCAGCAGAACUGUAUUUGCUGCAAAUUGUGGAAGAAAACUCUUACGUUGGUAUUGUCACGUUCAGUGACAGAGGAGAGAUCAAAACUCAUGUGCUCCAGAUAGUCAGCGAUGAUGCACGGAAACAGCUUGCUUCAUACCUACCUACAGCUCCAGGGAGGGACAGAGCAAAUGUCUGUGCAGGCCUGCAGCUGGCGCAUGAGGUCAUUAGGAAGAAAGAAGGAAAUCUGUAUGGAUCUGAAAUUAUAUUGGUAACAGGUGGACAAGACAAUAGUACGAGCAGGUGUUUUUCUGAAAUGAUUAACAGUGGAUUGAUCAUCCAUACCAUUACUGUUGGGUCCUCAGCUGCUAAGGAAAUCGAACACUUCUCCAAAGAGACAGGAGGGCUGAAGUAUUUUGUUCCUGAAAGACUGGACUUCAGUGACUUACUGGAUGUUUUCACUGGCAUUUUGUCUGGAACUGGAGAUACUUUCAAUCAAUCUGUUCAGGUCGAAAGUGCUAGUGAAAGUAUUGGAGGGUACAAGCAACUCAGGAGGGCAGUGACUAUUGAUAGCACCGUGGGAAGAGAAACCUGCUUUGUAGCCACCUGGCAAGCUGCUGAACCACCUGAGAUCAAUCUGGUUGAUCCCAAUGGGAAAAGCUACACCAGCAAGGACUUUGUCUUUGAUUCAGUUUUCCAUGUAGCACGUCUCCAGAUUCUAGGAACUGCAGAGACAGGAGAGUGGACAUACACACUGACAAAUGUUCACCUGGCUCCUCAGGUUCUAACAAUGACAGUAACUUCUCGAGCAGCAAAUUCUACUAUACCUCCUGUGGCUGUGAAAACCCAUAUGAGUAAAGAUAUAAAUUACUAUCCCAGUGCAAUGGUUGUCUAUGUACAGGUUAGUCAUGGCUUUUCCCCUGUUCUUGGAGCAAGCGUGACUGCUGUCAUCAGUCCAGAGAAUGGAGAUCCCAUUUCCUUGGAACUUCUGGACAAUGGAGCAGGUUCUGACAUUGUUAAGAAUGAUGGCAUAUAUUCCAAGUACUUGUUUUCUUUCCCUGGCAAUGGCAGAUACAGCCUGAAAGCUCACGUCCAAGCUAACAGGACUAUUGUGCCACAAACUGCAAUGCUGUGGAGUCAUGCCAUGUAUAUACCAGGUUACGUAGAAAAUGGUAAACUCAAGAUGAACCCAUCAAGACCCCCAGUUAUUAAAAGUGAUAUUCAAGUCAGAAGAGGAGGUUUCCGUAGAACAGCUGUGGGAGGAUCCUUCAUAAUAUCUGCAGUUCCGAUGGGACCUCAUGCUGAUGUGUUUCCACCAUGUAAAAUUAUUGACCUUGUGGCCAGAAUAGAAGAUGAUAAGGUCAUUCUAUCAUGGACCGCACCAGGAAAUGAUUUUGACAAAGGCCAAGCUGCAAGUUAUGAAAUCAGAAUAAGUGAGAGUCCUCUGGAACUAAGGGACAGAUUCUAUAACACCGCUUUAGUGAAUACUUCCACUCUAUCACCUCAGCGUGCUGGCUGCAAAGAAAUAUUUGCAUUUAAACCAGAAGCUUUUACAACAGGAAACAUAACCAUAACUUACGUUGCGAUGCGUGCCGUUGAUGACGUUUUUCUUCACUCUGAGCUGUCUAAUAUUGCACAAGCAGUAAAGUUUGGUCCCCCAACGGUGUAUCCCACUUCUAACAUGGAGUUUAGUUUUUCAACAAUAUUGUUGCUAGUCUUUGGAUUACUAACAGUAGUGUGUCUUACAGUAAGCACAACCCUUUGCUUAGUAAAGAAAAAGAAGAAAAAGACACUUUCAGAAAAUGCAGCUAAGUUGCUUUAACAUAAGGUGUCAGAGCUUGUUAGAGCUCCAGAUAUUUAAAAAUAUUUAACUGCUUUGACUUGGAAAAGUAAAUAUCCUACAAUAAACAGAAUAAAUAAGUAAUCACAUUCCAGAUAUUGAAGUGAUUUGUUAGCCAUAUCAUGCUGUCUAUGAAUUUGAUAACAGAAGGCUUGGUUACAGUAAAACAAGUCAUAUGCUGAUAGCUUGUACCACAGAGAUGCAAUAUCUGUCUAUGAACUUACAUGUGUGCUGUGCAAUGUCCUAGUCUAUUCUUAUUGUGUGGUGAAAACUUUGUAAUUAAAUUGAGAGAGAUACUGAAGACAGUGUGCCUUAUUUAAAAACAGAAAAGAAGAAAAGCAAAACAAAGCAGUAUGAGUUCCUGCAGUUCUCAUUUACGUUUAUGUAAGCACAUGUGCCAUUCAGCUUCCAGGUGUGGUGGGGAAUUCCACAGGAAGAAGAUCAGAGGCUGAGGGCGCUUAGUUGAGAAACUUCUCUGUUGAGGCAGAAAUAACCUUUGUCCUGACCCUACAGAAGGCAAAAUAAUGUUUACUGGAAACCAGAGCAGACAAGGGAAGGAGCACAAGAGGUACACACAAAGCCUAUCGGGCACACUCUCUGCUUUCAAGUCUGAAGUGUCACAUUAAGGGUGUUUGGAGGGAAACUGUGCCAGUGUACAAGUGUUUCCAGUAUGUUUCUCUCUUCUACUCAUAACUUGUAUCCGUAAACCACAGAGCUGAAUCUCUUGGUUGUUAGCUGCUACUAAAGGAAACAGUUGCAUUAGAAUUGGAUUAGCCCUGUUGAUGCUGCUCCGCUGGGGUUCAGAAGGCUGAAAAGUGCUGAUUAUCAACACUUGGGAUUGCUUUGAGUUUACUAUGUCCUUCAAGGAUCUCUUUUGAUCCUAUAAACACAUUAAAAUUUUUCUUUUAUUUUUAACUACAUCUGUGCGUAUGAAUAUAUGUGAGUGUGUGUAUUGUGCAUGCGAGUGCAUGCAAUGUGUGGGGUUACAUUUGUUUCCUGUAACAUGAAAUCUCAAAUGUAAUGAUUAUCUUGCUGUAAAACCAUGUAUAAAGAUAAGGCAGUGCAAUAUUUUAUAGC